AUGGAGCAGGUAAAGCAAAGCAGUGAGAUACCUCCAUUCUACUAUGCAAACAGACCGAAUAAGAACUUCCACGUGGACCUGUCCAACUGCCACAAGAAGCAGCUUUGCAGGAGUUUCAAGGAAGAGAAAAAGAACUUCAGGGAGGAAAUCAGAGACUUUUGCAACAGUAAUAAGAACUUCAAUGAAGAAGUCAAAGCCUUUCAGGAGAAGAAGAAAGCCAAAGCCUUGCGGAAGGAAAUCAAGGCUUUCCGGGAGAAGAACAAAGUUUCCAUGGAAGAGAUCAAGAAAUUUUUAGAGGAGAGCAAGAGCUUCCUCCAAAAGAUGAUGGACUUGCAGAUGAAAACAAAAACUCCCCAGGAACAAGUCAGUAGCAUUCAGAAAAAGCUUGAAGAAUAUCAGAAGAAGAUGAAGGCUGCCGAGGAAGAGAUCCAGAAUCUCGAAGAAAUGAAUAAGGCCUGGCAGGAAGCAGUCAGGGAUUUUCAGAAGAAGACUAAGGAUAUCCAAGAGAAGAAUAAAGUCAUGCGUGAGAAGAACAAAAUGCUGCAGAGAAAGAAUGAAGCUAUGCAAGAAAAGAACAAGGCUUUCUGGAAGGAUUAUAUAGCUUUCUGGAAAAAGGACAAGAUCUUCUGGGAGGAAGAUAUGAACAUCUCAAGGAACAAACUGAUUCUGUGGAAAGAAUCUAUAGCUUUCAGGGAAAACGACCAGAACAUUCAAGAGGAAAAAGGAGCGCUGUGGGAUGUGGUGGAAGCGCUGUGGGAUGAGAAAUUUUCCCUCUUUAAAAAGGUGUAUGCCCCUCCAGGACAGGAGAAAUUAGCUGAAAGUCGGGAGAAAAACGGCCGUGGUGAUUACAACCCAGGCGCAGACACCGCGAACGGAGCUUCACAAGAAGUCUGCCAGAUCUAAAGCAAA